AUGUCAGAAAACAUAACUACUCAAAAAACAGGUCAAAUUGUAAAUAUUCAUCCCUUUGCUGAGAAUACUCCUCAACUAAAAGAAACUACUUUUAAAUCAAUAAAAGAAAAUAUAAAAAUAGUCCAAGCAGACUGCUUACUAGCCUUGGAAAAAAUUGAAAGUAAUAGUGUGGAUUACAAGGCCAAAGUAAUUGGUGGCUUACCAGUGGGAAUGAAAUUUGACCCUCAACAAGGAAAAAGAUUACAGGAAUUCAUGUCCGUAGUGGCUGAAAAACUUUUUAGAGUGCUGAAACCGGGCGGAUUUUUUUUAUGUUUUUCGCAAGGUCGUUUAUAUCACCGAAUGGUUAUGGCAAUUGAAGAGGCUGGAUUUGAAAUAAGAGACAUGUUAAUUUGGAAAAAAGUGGGACAGGCCAAAGCCUUUUCCCAAGACCAUUUUGUUAAGAAAAUGAAAAUCUCAGAAGCAGAAAAAAAGGCAAUUCUUAAUUCAUUAGCUAACCGGAAAACUCCGCAAUUAAAAUCCGAAAGCGAGCCAAUAGUUUUAGCCCAAAAGCCCAAAGAAGGAACCUUUAUUAACAAUUGA